CAUUGUAAUGUAUUUACAUGUUAUCAAGGUCGUUCCUUGGGACUUUUAAAACACAAUUGGAUACAAUGAAAGCAUUAGUUCUAUCUUCCGGUGCCAGGUCUAGUGGCCGAAGCCCUGGUUCUGGCACUUAUUCUAAGGACAACAUUCCGUGUGGUCGUGCUUCUAGUGGAAACUUUCUCCAUGGUACUACAAAUGAAAUGGCUUAUACUUCCCUGGACCAUCUUUUCGAUGGCCCAGUAACUGAAUCCCUGUUGGUCCAGCGUACACUGCUGUCACUUGGUGGGUAUGAUGCAUCUCCUGUGUUUAUAUGUGCCAUUGGAGCUACUAGUUUCCUGGAUUCUGUGACCUUAAGGGAUGGUAUUACAGUACCUCAUUUAUCGCAGGGCGCAUUGCGCCAGUCACUGGUUCGCUUGUUACCCUAUGCUUCAAGUGCUCGUUGUCUCCGCAUCUUCGUGGAUGAGAUGGAUACUGCUUUUAUACAUUCCCAUGGCAUUCCAAGGUCACUCGCUGGGUUGAUUUCCUUGUCUACAGAUUUAGGUUCCAACCCAGGCAAGCCUAAUGUAGACCACCUGGGUGAUAAUCUGAUUUCCUUAAAGAAUUCUAAUUAUGAUCACGAAUCCCGGUUACUUGACAAUGACCUAGUGGAUACUGAUAUCGUCUAUCACGGUUAUCACUGCCUUGUCCAAGGGGUAAGGUCACUUUGGCAUGAUUGGCGUGUUAUACUUACUAUAUUCCAUCGUAAAUUCACAUCAUCUUUACAUCGUGAGUUCUGCGGUGCUGAGUGGAGCAAUAACACUCGUGAACUGCUACCACCUGAGCCCAGAUCACCACUAUGGGAUAUAUUCUUUGGAUGCCAGUGGUCUCACUCGGAGGGCGACAGCGGCAUAUCGGAGUUUAAAGUGACGCUACUUAAUCUAGAGCAUAUUCUAUCUCCAUUUCUAUCUAUACUCCUGGAACUCGCAACUUGGCUGGAUACCAUUCUGUUAUAUCUAAGUAAACGAAACCUGGGUACAGAGUCAGUAGCCCGGGUAGCUACUAUGGUAACUUUAUUGAAACUGCGUCAUUUCGAGAACAUUGGCAACGCCACUAUGCAAAGUAUUUUUCUUUAUUUGCUAAACCAAAUAAUGUCUCAAUUUAAGACACCGCUCUACCUUGGUACCCCGGGCAACCUUGACGACGUUUCAUGGUCCUACCUGGGUCCAACAUUUACUGAAUUACAUAUGGCCAUGGAGACAUCAGGGCAUCACGUUGUCACAGACCAAGUAGUUCAUGGCACAGUGGGUAUCUGCUAUAAUGAUCCUGCUGUAGAACAAUAUAUGCCUCCGUCAGGGGACACUGAAUUCCGUGUUUGGCACUAUUUGGGCACUAAGGCCUUGUCAACUAAGCGUGCUGCUUUGGGUAGUUUCAUGUGCUCUCGUGACAAGCUCUGUGCAUACUUUGACUUUGUUAGUGGCGUAUGCCACUUAAGGUUCGGCGACCUUUUGGACCCCGUAUUCAAUUUAAUCACGCGCGACCAGUUACCUGUAAACUACAACACUAAACUCAGGUCGCUACUAGCCGAUGCUGUGGGAAAACACCGUCAGCAUAUCGGCGGCGUUGGGACCUAUGGGAGGAACGCUACAGGGCCUCAUGGCCAAUUGGUUGAUGCAUUCACUUAUACCGUAGACCAGGGUACCCCUUUGGUGGUAAUGGAGGCACUGGCUGACCGCCUUGGUACCUUCUAUCCCUUCUUUUCCGAGGGUGUUAUGGACACUUAUUCACGCACAAUGUCACAUCUAUUGGGGUUCCAUAUCACACUAAAAAACGUAAAGGCCCUCGUGAGGACCUCGCUAAGGACAAAUGGCCAAUUUCAAGGUUUCUGUAUACCGAAGGCAUCCCUGCUGCUGUUACAUGUAUGUCUGUCCCUAGAACGGUACUACUUCUGGGUUACUGAAGAUGCAUGGACAUCGUUCAUAAAGCAAUUGCGACACUGCAAAAGCGAUACUGAGGUUGCCAGGCUCCACGAGGCUUACGUGGAGUACGUAGCACAGUGUCUGCUGGUCGGCCCAAAGGACCCUGGCGCCUCAGGCGCCGAUAUGGGCAGCCUCUUCAGGGAGCACAUGUUCCUUAUACGACGCUGUGCGUCGGAUAUUUUGGGACUGUGCCGUGACGGCAUGGAUACUGAUGACGGCGACGAGAUUGAAUCACUCUAUUUCGUCUUAGAGAGUGAAGUGGCUUCCUUGAAAACCAUGCUACACGUUUUGUGUAGCCUGGUCCUCCCAGAAGUGCCGGAAUUCGGUCCUGAUGAAGAGCGUAUACUAGUUACUGUUGUACGUGCCGGUGUUGAUCUUAACGGUCCACCGUGCAAGAGCCUAGCGGUACUGCUACGCCUGUUAGGUUAAUUCCAGAGCUGAAAAGGCUGAUGGACACUAUAAUAACGAA